CUCUCUCUCUCUCUCUCUCUCUCUCUCUCUCUCUCUCUCUCUCUCUCUCUCUCGCUCGCUUUGCUUUCCGAGUCAUUUCUUUUCCCGGAAAAAAAAAAAAAGUUUUCCUUUUUGAUCGAAUUCAUGUCGGAAAAGGGUAGGCCACUCCCUAAAUUUGGUGAAUGGGAUGUCAAUGAUCCUGCUUCAGCUGAGGGGUUUACUGUGAUCUUCAACAAGGCUAGGGAUGAGAAGAAGACAGGUGGAAAACCUGAGUCACCAGGAAAGGCCGAUCCUAAUAUAAGGCAUGGAGUUGAGCCCGGCAGGCCUCCAUCUAAAAAAUGGUUUUGCUGCAUUCAUCAACCACCAGCCGAAUCUUGACAAGGUUGUCUCCAUGGAAGUGCUUCAAUAGAAGAGUACGGUGUUCUGUAACUGGCUCUACCAUAUUUUUCCAAAGAUAGGGAGCUGUAUAGCAAUGAUGGAUGGAAUUUAUUGUGGCGUAAAAAAAAAAAAAAAAACCUUUGUGACGGGAGGAGUAAAGAAGACAAAUAUACUUAUUGUAUCUAUAUUGUCUGAUGUUGUUGUGAUUGGUAUUUAGAAUGCCAAUCUGUUUCUUGUCUUAUCUUUUGCUACACGCUUUAGAGCUUUGCUUAUGACAUUUUUUUUUCUUUUCUUCCUUCGUUGUAUUAUCAAACCCGUCUUGUGUGUGAAAUUAUUUUGUUUUUGUUUUUGUUUUGAAAAUUCAGAAACUUUUUCUUCUUUUCUUCUA